AUGAGUGGAGUUCAGGAUCAAGUUAUUAGUGCGAUGGAUAGUGCUAAAGAAGCAGCGGUGUCUGUUGGUGAAAGAGUUAGUGAUUUUUUUCAAGGGAAUCCUUUUGCUACCGAUAUUGGGCAUAAAAUUGAACUUGCGACCGAUGCGACGAGAUUGACCACUGAAAACUGGGGACUGAACAUGGAAAUUUGUGACUACAUCAACAAUACUACUGAUGGAGGGCGUGAUGCCAUUAGAGCUAUCAGAAAACGUUUAAACACACAAAUUUCGAAGAAUAACGAUAUAGUGAUGUAUACAUUAACAGUUCUUGAAACCUGCGUCAAGAAUUGUGACUAUCGCUUUCUUGAACUAGUUAUGUGCAGAGAUUUUAUUAACGAGCUUGUGAAACUGGCCGGGCCUAAAUGUGACGCUACUCCAGCUGCAAGGACUCGCAUUCUUAGUUUGAUACAGAGUUGGAAUGACGCCUUUAGAGAAGAUGGGCGUUUAUUGGCAGUUGGUCAGAUUUACGAUGAACUAAAGGCCAAGGGCGUUGAAUUCCCAGCAGCUGGGCUUGAUUCUGCUUCACCCAUAAUUACUCCAAAACAAGUAAGGCUAUUUUUUCAAUCUGUUUAUUGCUGGUUCUUACUGCUAAUCGUUUUGCAGAACACAGAAGUUUUAAAAAUUAUUGAACCUUUACAACCGAUUGAUCCAACUCCUCAGCAACUAGAGAAGCUCCGAAAAGAAUUAGAUGUCGUCAUCAGCAACUUGAAAGUUUUUCGGGAGAUGUUGUCAGAGUUAACGCCAGGAAAAGAAGACCCAGAUGAUGUCCAGUUGCUCACAGAGCUUCAUAGCGUUUGCAAAGAAAUGCAGACUAGAAUUUUGGAUUUGAUACGUACUAUAGUGAACGAUGAGGUCACAUAUGAACUUCUGGUCAUUAAUGACGAGCUCAAUAAUGUUUUUGAGAAGUACGAUCGCUAUAUGACAAAUCGUUCCACAGAUGAGAGAAAUUUACAAAAUGUUGUUCCUGAUACAGAAGCUCGUUCACUCAGUGAACAGCUUGGUGCGUUACAGGUUCACGACGCAAAAAAAAGUCCUGAAAGGUAA